AAUCAGUCAGCCAUAACCGUGAAGGAAGUAGCCCCAGCGAGUGUUAGUGAUAUAGCUCACCUGGCCCCAGAGGAGAUCAAGCUGAGAGAAUAUCGUCAUCAGCACAACAGCCCUGGUAUUGGUACAGGAGUAACUGACACCAACAGGCAAAUAAAUAAUGGUGGUGACCCUGAGAGAACUGCUUCUGCUGGCUGCCACUCACCUGAUGAUUGCAACGGGGAAUUAACAAAGGAGAGGGACGGCCCGAGUCUGAAACUGUGCAGGAACACGUAUUCUGUGGUGGUUGUGGGGCCUUUCUCUACCGCCUCUGGCCAUAGUAUAAUCAAUGAGCUGCAGAGGAAGAACACAGAACUCGAAGAAAAACUUAGACUCCUACAGUCUGAAAAGUCCAGCGUCCAGCUCCAUGUGCAGGAGCUACAAAGAAAGCUGGCUAGGGCCAAGCUUCUGCUUCCACAGGUGCAGCUACAGGAGGAGAUCGAGAACCCGAAGCAGGAGCUUCACAGGCUGAAAGGAGAGCUCCAAGAACAACUGGAUGAAAAUAAUCGCUGGGAAUGCCUCUACCAGGAGCAGGAGGAGAAGAUCUGGAAGGAGGAGGAGAAGAUACAGGAGUGGGAGCAGAAAAUACGGGAGCAGGAAGAAAAGAUGCAGCAGCAGGAGGAGGAGAUGCGGGAGGAAAAAAAGAGGCUCUGGGAUGAGAAGGAGCUGCUGAGGGAGCAGGAGGAGCAGAUGGAGAAGCAGGAGGCGAUGAUGCAGGAAGAGAAGCAGCUAAGGGAGCAGAUGUGGGAGAAGGAGAGGAGGCGGAAGCAAGAGGAGCAGAUGAGAGAGCAGGAGGACAUGACGUGGCUCAAGGAGAAGAUGGGGGAGGAGGAGACGAUGUGAGAAUGGGAGAAGACUAUGCGGGAGCAGAAUUGUUGUAAAAUACGGGCUGGGUGCGGUGUCUCAUGCCUGUCAUCCCAGCACUUUGGG